UUUCCGGAAGUCACGCGCCACAUUUGAACGGCAUAGUUUGCAGUGAAAUUUGGCGAAAAUGGCUCUUCCUUCAGAAAAAGUUCAUGAACUCAAACAGAUUAUUCACAGUCAGGUAUCUCAAAUGAACGUGCAUUCUAGGAUCAGAGACUGUGUGGAUGAAUCGUUCCGAGGAGAGGAUGCUGAAAGCUCAGGAAUCGAUGAAGCAGGGCUUUUGAAUGCGUUGAAAGAACGAGGCAUCGUUGAUGAUGUGAUGAAUACGCUAAAAUUCGAGGGUCUUGAAAGAGAUCCGAGACGACUAAAGGAUAAAAGGAGGGUAGAUGCCUCGGACGAAGUCCCGACAAGGGUUGGUGUGGAUCCCACUAAACGUUAUCUAUACCUACAAGUGCUUGGAGGCAAAGCAUUUUUGGAACAUCUGCAGGACCCUGAACCACUGCCAGGAAAAGUCACAUCCACAUUUACCUUGCAUGUUCAUUUUAAAGGACAGCGAUUCAGGUCAAGACCUGUUCCUUGUGCCUGUGAACCAGACAUAAAUGAAGGAUUCUUGCUGGAACUGCAGAAGGAUGGUGGCAAAAUGGCUGAUGCAGCAACUCUUCUAUCAAUCUCAGAUUACAUUCAUCUAGUCCUUAUUAAAACAGAUCCUUCAGGUGACACAACACUUAUUGGUUCACAUUUCCUUCCCUGGAGGGACAUUCUGUCUGCAGCAAAUGGAAGAUUGACAUCUGCUGUGGAAAUAAAUGGUGUAGGCGCUGAAGCGAAAGUGCCAAUGGGAAUAGUAGAGAUUAAGUUUGAAAUAAUUCCAAGGUUGAGUCAGAUCUUAACAAAAGAAGUAAUCACAGCACAAGAAAACUUGGAACACUCCAGAAUAGCAGAAAGAGAGCGACUCUUCUUGGUAUAUGCAAAACAGUGGUGGAGGGAAUUUCUCCAGAUACGUGCCUCUCAUAGCAACAGACUUGUGAAGAUUUUUGCUCAAGAUGAGUGUGGCACCAAUCGUCCUGUCUGCUUAUUUGUGUGUCCUCUCCGUGCUGGGAGAUUACUUGAUAGCCCCCGGCAUGCUGCAAGAUUUGUCAGUUUAUUAGGGUAUGAACAUGCACCAUCUGUUGGUGGUGGAAAGGCAGAGAUGUGGAGCAGUUUGCAUGCAUUUCUCUGCAAAGGAAAAGGGGAUUGUGAGGAUCAUGCAGUCCUAUUGUGCAGUCUUCUUCUGGGUUUUGGUCUCAAUGCAUAUGUUUGUGUUGGCACCAAGGCAAAAGGUGCUGCCCAUACCUGGGUGAUGACAAUCAGCCCUGAGGGGGAAGUCAACUUUUGGGAGAGUUUGACAGCUCACAGGUACGCUCACCGCCCAGUAAACCCUGAUGACCCCCCAGCUCUCAAGCAGUCCCGCCCUGAUCACCCGUACAGAACCGUAGGCUGUGUGUUUAAUCAUCGGACCUUUUACGCCAACAGUCAGCCAACAGAUUCUGUUGAGGUUUGUCAAUUUGAACUUCAGAAUGAAGCACGGUGGAAGAGUAUGAGCGAGGAGGCUUUACGAUCCGUGUGUGGACCUAAAAUAUUGCCCAGCGGCCCAGUCUUCCCUCCCAUGUAUCCUUCUGGUGUGGACUCGGCCCUGGUUAGCAAUGACAUGGAACACGAGCUGAGGGGCCUAGUAACGGAUCAUAGAAGGGAUCUCGGCCUUAACACCACAUGGGAUGACGAGUUAAGCUACAUUCUUACUCCAGCUCUCGCUGCUUAUGAAUUGGAACAUAGCACGGGUGUUUCCGCCGGGAAUGAAGAAUUUCAACAAGCUAUAAGACGAGCAAUUCCUGACGGUCACACUUUCAAAGGGUUUCCCAUCCAGUUUGUGCAUCGUAACGCAAGGCGGGCAUUUGCCACAUGCCUGAGGUCACCGGUAUGUGAGGAGAUCAUUUGCUGCCGCGGUGAUCACGUGAGAUUGGCAGUUCGGGUCCGAGUGUUCACCUACCCUGAAGGCGCGUGCGCAGUAUGGAUCAUGUUCGCUGUCAGAUAUCGAUCAAUUUUGUAGAUAAAAUGAGAUUGUAAUUUAUUUUUUGAAUAAAGCACUUAGUCCUCUCUCACAAUUUAACUCUAAGCCACCCCAAGUCUUCAGAUUAAUAUUCUCUGGCUGGGCCAGCCGUGGUUAGACUGCGUGGAACGCGAGCUCAUAUCACAACUAGACAUGGAAAUUAACGAGUCUUGGUUUCGCGGGCAAUUCGUCUUACAAUUUAUUCCUUUUAUCGGAGAGAAAGAGAAAUUGACUGCUCAGCUACGGAACGUUUCUUUAUCUCAAAAACCUUACCAUUAACUUGUUGUUUAUUAUUCCCUCUGCUUUUUCUUCUGUCUACCGAAACUAACUUUGUGGACAGAGAGACGGCAAGAGAAGAGAGUGAAUCUUUGUUGACAAGUUUCUCCAUAUUUCUAUAACAGUUUUUUUCCCUGAAAAAAAUGGCAAGAAGGUCAGUUCUGAAUCUUUCAAAAGCCAUAAAACAUAUACCACUUCCAAAAAAUUUCAUAAUUUAUUUUUGUUCGGAGCGAUGUUAUGAGGCUAAAAUAAUAAAUCAAAGAAUAUAUGAGCUCAUUAUUACCUGUAACAGCCAGAUUGACUAAUAUCUAUAAGCAGAACGAAGUUGAAAUUCACAAAAACUGAAAAGUAGGUAAAACGCUUCCUGAAGUGUCACUCUGUGCUAAGAAUGAUUCCCUUUUUAAGUCCUAGUUUAGACGUCGUGCUCCUGUCGUGUCGAACCUAAUUCAGGCAAUUAAGUCCGAUAAGAGCGCGGUGGAAGCACGGCGUCUUUUUAAUUAAGUUCGGCAAAGCAAUUAAUUCCGACAAGUUCUGCCGUGCUACGCGACUCUGACACGAAAGCGCUUUGGACAUCGUGCCUCUGCCGAGCGAAACUAAAUUAAAAAAUUACGUUUAAUGUAUUUUGGCGGGAUUGUUAGUUGGUUUCAGUAAAUCCUGAAUUGCGUACGUACAACUCUAGUCCGAUGUCUAAAUUAGAGUCGUGCUUCUGCCGUGCUGUAGGCAAACCUAAUUGGAAUUAAGUUCGUCCCGGAAGAAGCAUGACGUCUCAACUGGACGUAAGUCGCUUUGUUAACUUAUGACAAGUGAAAUUGAGACAAUGACGUCAGCAGAACUUCGCCUCAAGCUGGUAAUGAGUUCCUCACAUGCGUAUUACUGGUGAACUGUAUUUAGGCAAUAUGACAUAAUAAGACUAACUGGCACCUCUGGGAGACUCCGAGAUCAAUCACGUUAUUGAUUACGAGUGACUAUACUUCAAAUUCAGUUGUUUUUGCCAUGAAAACUUGAGUAAGAUUCUGUCUGAAAGGCCGCCAACUUUGCUUGACAUGUAAUUGUGUAUUAAAUAUAAAGGGAGUGAGUUUUUUUCAAGAAGCUGUGAUGCUGCGUCGGUGGAAGUAACAAGGUAAUCUUGGUUUUAUAAAGUAAAUUGGCUACCGUAAAGAGUUUCGAAGCUGAUGUUUCGAACGUUAGCCCUUCUUCGCUCUGACGAAGGGCAUAUUCAAUA